CCAACAGCGGCAUCGGGAAGAUGACGGCGCUGGAGCUGGCGCGCCGGGGAGCGCGCGUGGUGCUGGCCUGCCGCAGCCGGGAGCGCGGGGAGGCGGCCGCCUUCGACCUCCGCCAGGAGAGUGGGAACAAUGAGGUCAUCUUCAUGGCCUUGGACUUGGCCAGUCUGGCCUCUGUGCGGGCCUUUGCCGCUGCCUUCCUGAGCUCUGAGCCACGGUUGGACAUCCUCAUCCACAACGCCGGGAUCAGUUCCUGCGGCCGGACCCACGAGGCAUUUAACCUGCUGUUUCGUGUGAACCACCUCGGCCCCUUCCUGCUCACACAUCUGCUGCUGUCCCGCCUGAAGACAUGCACCCCUAGUCGCGUGGUGGUGGUAUCCUCAGCUGCCCAUCGACGUGGGCGCCUUGACUUCAAACGCCUGGACCGCCCAGUGGUGGGCUGGCGACAGGAGCUGCGGGCAUAUGCUGACAGUAAGCUUGCCAACGUAUUGUUUGCACGGGAGCUUGCCAACCAGCUUGAGGGCACUGGCGUCACCUGCUAUGCAGCCCACCCAGGGCCUGUGAACUCGGAGCUGUUCCUGCGCCACGUUCCUGGAUGGCUGCGCCCACUUUUGCGCCCAUUGGCUUGGCUGGUGCUCCGGACACCGAGAGGGGGUGCCCAGACACCCCUGUACUGUGCUCUACAGGAGGGCAUCGAGCCCCUCAGUGGCAGAUACUUUGCUAACUGCCAUGUGGAGGAGGUGCCCCCAGCAGCCCGAGACGACCGGGCAGCCCACAAGCUGUGGGAAGCCAGCAAUAGGCUGGCGGGGCUGGAGUCUGGGGAGGAUUCUGAAACCGAUGAAAACUCCCAGCCUGAGGACCGGGAGGCCCUAUCUUCUCUGAGCACUCCCCACUCCAGGGAGCCCACAGUUUCCAAAUCCCACCCAGGCCCUCAGAGCUCACCAGAUUUGUCUAAGGUGACACACCGAGUUCAAGUUAAAGCUGAGCCUGAGACCCAAGUCUCCUAAGCCCCAAGCCAAGGUGCUUUUCCAUGGUACUUCGUGGCCCUUAAAAACAGCUGUGUGCCAAGCCAUGCCCUGGGCAUAGAGGAGUUUGCGAUUUUUACCUCCAUGGUUACUUUCUGGGGUCCCAGCUCUUUUUCCUGGUUGAAGGAAUAGCAGGUGAUAAUUUCUUCCUGAGAGUGACAGUAACCAGUAACCCCAGAAGGAGGGGUGGGGGAUAAUACGUGAGACACUAUGCGUCUCAAGAACUUGAGUUUUGGAUUACCAGGCCCCACCCUCAGUGAUUCUGAUCAGCUCUAGAACAGGGUCUGGGAAUUUGUCAUUUGAUACACUGCCAACAUUGAGAAUUACUGAACUGAGCCCUCUGCAACCAUAUAGCUAGGUAGUUAACUUACCCCCGUGUUAAAGAGGCAGGAUUAGGUUCCAGAGAUAAAGGACUCGCCCAAGGUCUCAGUAAGAGCAGAGACUGGGAUUUGAACCCAGGGGUCUGAGGCCAGGGCGUACUGCUGUAAGGUGAUCUGGGAGGUGAGUCCCGGCAGAGCAGUUGUUAUCCAGGUGCCCGCUGGAAGAAGGGGGACGCCUUCGGGCUGCUUUGGGGCUGGGCCCCGCGAUCUGGAUCCCCUGGAAUAAAGCGCGUGGACUGCCGAGGCUA